GUCCACCACUCCGUUCUCCCCGAAGCAUGGACAGCAUCGAUUGACGCCUCGCUACCCGCUCUACGUUCUUUCUUGUAUAUCAACGCGCAUUUUCCUCUGGCAGGUUCUGGGGAUCGCCGCACAUACCGCCCAGCAUGUGGGACGGACUUUUCAUGCUGCUCGCUUUGAGCACUAUUAUGGCCAUUGCCUCUUUUCUCGCGGGCAUCGUACCGCUCUCCUUUAGCCUCUCUCCGCGCCAGCUCCGUGUCAUCACCCUCCUGGGCACCGGCGUGCUCGUGGGGACGUCGCUCAUUGUCAUCAUUCCGGAAGGUAUCGAGACCAUGUACAGCGCAAGGAGUCAAGGCUACACAUACGCGUCCCGGAGUGUACAGCCUACUAUCCCGUCUGGGUCGACUUUGCGAUCUGGCCUUAAGCACCCUGCAGAGUUCAUGUUAGAGAGGUCAGAGGCAGUGGAUACCAGCUUCCUGAGAGGGGGUGCGAUCAAAGCUCCUAGCGCGGACAUAAUUGUGGAGAGGUCUUUUAUCGAACCUCGAACGAAGCGAGCAAAGGACACCAAGCAGAAGGAAAAGGAGAAGGACAAGACCGUGAGCGCAGACCCACACCCGCAGAAGGGCGGCGAUGACGACUCAACCGAGGGACACAAGGAAGGACACACGCGCGUUCACGCGCCCGAGGAUGACGAUGACAAGCAAGGCUACCUUGAGCAUGAGGAUGGAGGAAGCCCCCAUGCAUUCAUCGGUGUCGCAUUGAUCCUGGGAUACAUACUUAUGUUCGUCGUGGACCAUCUACCGGAAGCCCUCGAAUCGACAAGACCCAAGUAUCAACCCAUGCACAUUUCGCUCUCGAAUCUAGCGCGAGGACCGCACAAUGCUUCGACCUUGAGCCUGAACCCAAUGAGUCGCCCGCCGUCUCCGCCCAUGUUGACCCCAACGCCUAUGGCACCUUCUGCCAGAAGGAAGGGCGGUUCAGCGACUACCAUAGGCCUUGUUGUCCAUGCCUGCGCAGAUGGAAUAGCGCUAGGUGCUUCGUCGACAGCGCCUUCUACUUCUUUAUCGCUCGUUGUCUUCAUAGCAAUCAUGCUUCACAAAGCGCCCGCAGCAUUUGGUCUCACGUCCGUUCUUCUCAAGCAGGGACUGUCGAAACGUACGGCGCGAACCCACCUCGGAUUCUUUAGCUUAGCUGCACCGGCCGGCGCUAUCGCAACAUGGGCCCUUGUUCAUGCGCUCGGACGUAGCGCGCUGGGUGGUGACGAGGGGCUUACCUGGACCACCGGCUGGGUGUUAUGUUUCUCUGGUGGAACUUUCUUAUAUGUAGCCAUGCACUCCAUGACCGAAGCAACGUCAUCGCAGUCGCAAUUUGACCCCACCGCAAAUGGUUACAUAGACGCCUUCCCAGAGAAGAAGACUCUUUCCAAAACAGACAUUGGCAUCGUUAUAUUCGGCAUGCUAUUACCACUUGUCACGCAAAUAGGGCACGCACACGCACACUAGGUCUAGGAAAAUAUCUAUUGGCGACGACUUCAGGGACAGAAUUUGGGUUACUUCUGGAUAUGAAUCAUCUUACUUCAACUAUAGACUCGUCUGUAGCAAAUGACCAUUCACGAUUAUAUCACUCAAAAUUUGCAGUCCGU